CUCUCCCUGGAGGACUCUCUCUCUAUGUCCUACUUCUGUGGCAAAAGCCAUUUUAAUAACUUUAACGCAGAAGUUCUGUAGCUACUCUUCCUUUCCCCCCCCAACCCGCGGAUCCUCUUGCUACGUACCUUCAGAGGCUCCCCCCUCCUUCACCCCCCCCCCCCCAGGAGACAUGAGCGGCAAGCUCUGGACGGAGGAGCAGUUCAACUGCCCCGUGUGCCUGGACCUGCCCAGCGAGCCGGCCACCAUCCCGUGCGGCCACAGCUACUGCAUGGGCUGCAUCCGGGACUACUGGAGCGAGGCCGACGCCACGGGCACCUACAGCUGCCCGCAGUGCCGGCAGGCCUUCAGCCCCAAGCCCCACCUCUCCCGCAACACCAUGCUGGCCGAGGCCGUGGAGCAGCUGCGCACGGGCGCCGCGCUCGGAGCGGAGCAGCGGGCGUCCAUCCGCAGCACGCGCGGCGCCGGCGCCGGUGCCGGCAAGGCAAAGGGAGGCCGGCAGCAGCGGCGGCCGUCGUCGUCGGCCGUGCCGUGCGACAUGUGCACCGGGCAGAAGCAGCGUGCGGCGGUGAAGAGCUGCCUGGUGUGCAUGAGCUCGUACUGCGAGAGCCACCUCAAGCACCACCAGGGCCAGAAGUCGAUGCGGCAGCACGAGCUGAUCGGACCCACGGGCCAGCUGGCCCAGAAGAUCUGCACGGAGCACAAGUACCUGCAGGAGUUCUACUGCCGGCCCUGCGGGCGCUUCGUGUGCUGGCUGUGCACCAGCAACCAGCACAAGGGCCACGAGUGUGUGUCGACCAAGGCUGAGCGCGUGGAGAAGCAGGUACGCAGGCCCUGGGAGGGGAGGGUUAUGUUGUGGGGGGAGCAGGGGUUUGAAGGGACGGGACGCAAGGCAGGGCAACUUUAUCUAUGGGGCGCUCUUCAUACACGAGGCAGACUCAAAGUGCUUCGCAUUGAAACCUAGUCAUUCAAUAAAAUAAAAUAAUAAAAUAGAUAAGUAAUAGAAAACAAAGGCAAAGAUAAAAAGAAGGUGCAAUGUGUUUAAGAUUUAGCAGAAUGCAAACUUACAAUAAAGAAGACGUAAGUCCUGCAAUUGUUGGGGGGUUUGGCAUGGUCGGAAGAUUUUGUUUAUAAGAUGUAUGACUGUUUUUUUCUACUUGUGACUUCAAUGUCUGUCGUUGCUGUGUCUUAUUUAUUUAUGAUAUUCUUUUUGUGCUUCUGGUAAAAGUAGGCUACAGCACCACUGUUCCUGGUCAGUAGAGUAUUUCCUGUUCCUACCCUUCCUUGUUUUGUUUAAAGAAUAAGGAACAGACGGUGCAAUGUCAAAAGGGCCGAACCGGUUUAUUGAGACUGUGAUUAUUAUUAACCUUUAUAAACUCCGGUGUGUGUUCAACGAUAACCCUGAAGGAAAGGCUGCAAACUCCAUGAGUGUUUUAUCCUAGCGUUUUCGAUCACAAAAAGUUGUUGUUCAUGUGUAAUAGACAA